AUGGAGGACGCCGAGAAAGCCGAGACCACCUCGGAGGCCGAGAGACAAAACGCCCCCACCCCGUCGGCCGUCGUUGCCGACGCCCCUCCGCCGCCGUCGUCGUCGCGGCCGACGCGGCGAGAGGCGCAGGUGGCCGCGGCCAGAUUAGGGAUCACCGCCGCGUCGGGAGAGACACUCAAACCGGGCGUGACGCCGCCGUCCUCCUCGGCGUCCGGCGCGGGCCCCAUCUCGGCCGCUGGGGCGCCGCCCUCCCCGGCCAGUCCGGCGCCGCUGCUGGCUCCGCUGGCCCUGCCGUUCACGGCCGGGUCGUUCGGCGUGGUGCAGGUGGGCAGGGACGAGCCUGCCACUCCGACACCGUUCGGCCGACGCAGCUCGCCCGGCCUCAGCUGUGUGGUGUGCGGCGACACGAGCAGCGGAAAACACUACGGCAUCAUGGCCUGCAACGGCUGCAGCGGCUUCUUCAAGCGCAGCGUUCGCCGACGACUCAUCUACCGAUGCCAGGCUGGCACAGGCAAGUGUGUCGUCGACAAGGCUCACAGAAACCAGUGCCAGGCGUGCCGGCUCAGAAAAUGCCUCGUCAUGGGAAUGAACAAGGACGCCGUGCAGAAUGAGCGCCAGCCGCGGAACACGGCCACCAUCCGGCCCGAGGUGCUGGCUGAAAUGGACCACGACCGAGCCAUGAGGGAGGCCGCCGUGGCCGUCGGCGUCUUCAGUCCGCCGAUGUCGAUGAUGGCGCACCAGCACUACAUGAGCGGCGGCUUCAUGCACCCAAGCAGCAGCGUCUCGCUGUCGCUGACACCUCCGGGACCGGGCCUGGCGAGUCUGGCCGGUACAGCCGCCGGACAGCCCACCGGCCUGGACAUGAGCCUCCGACGGGACUCGGAUAAGCCGCUGUCGAGCCCGGAGCCCAAGUCGGAGGAGGGUUGCGGUCUGCUGCCGCCGCCGCUGGCCCUCUCUGCCGGCUGGCCGCCGCUGCACCCGGCGGCUGCUUCCUACCUGGAGCGGCCAGCCUUCUGCACACAGCCGCAGGAGAGCAUCUACGAGAACUCUGCGCGCCUCCUCUUCAUGGCCAUCAAGUGGGCCAAAAAUCUGCCCUCGUUCGCCAGCCUGUCGUUCAGGGACCAGGUGAUUCUGCUGGAGGAGGCGUGGUCGGAGCUGUUCCUGCUGUGCGCCAUCCAGUGGUGUCUGCCACUGGACACACCACCCCUGUUCAGCGUCUCCGAUCACGUGCAGAGUGUACCGGACGGCAAGGCGGGACACCUGGCGGCCGAUGUGCGCCGGCUGGCCGACGUCUGCGCCAAGUACAAACUGAUCGCCGUCGACCCGGCAGAGUUUGCCUGCCUCAAGGCGGUCGUCCUCUUCAAGUCGGAGGCUCGCGGUCUGAAGGAGCCGGCCCAGGUGGAGAACCUGCAGGACCAGGCGCAGGUGAUGCUGGGACAACACGCGCGCGGCCAGCACCUGGCCCAGCCGGCCCGCUUCGGACGCAUGCUGCUCAUGCUGCCGCUGCUGAGGGCGGUGCCGGCGCCGCGCAUCGAGGCCAUCUUCUUCCGACGCACUAUCGGCAACACGCCCAUGGAGAAGCUACUCUGCGACAUGUUCAAGAGCUGAGCGGUUAGCGCACGGCGGCAG